AGCAGCGUGGGAAUGGCUGAGUAAAUAUUUGCACAGCUCAUGUCACAAUUUUCCUGAUGGCAGCUUUGGCAACAUGCUGUUAGGGGUUUAAAGGGAACAAAUUGCCCCUGGGUGGAGAAUAAGCUGGACAGGAUUAUCUGAAUCUUCACAGCUUGUCAGGGAAGCCAGGCUGUUAGGUUGAUUUCUGUGCUGGAGGCUGGACAGCGGAGGUAUAAUGAUUCUUUGCCCCCCCAUUUUCCCCCCCACUUUUUAGGUUAUAGGAAGAGCUAGAAAGCCCCACACAAAUCGCCUUGAGCACAGCACUUCAAAGAUACGCAUUUGGGUUUUUUCAGACACCUUGUCAGCAGGGUGUUUGGUUUCCAGCACCGUAAUCACGGCAGCGAUCGUUAUUGCCAUCAAAGAGGGCAAUUAAUACAGGCGCUCCGGUGAGGAGGAAGGCGCCCGGCGGUGCGGGGCCCGGCGGUGCGGGGCUGCUGAGCGCAGGUAGCUGCCGCAGGCGUCGCGAAGGUGCGUGGGCUGCCUCGUAGCACUGCAGCCCGUGUUAUACCCUCACAGCUCCUAGCACAGCUUCUCUCCAGCCUCCUUACUCUGCUGAGCGGAGAUCAAAGCCGUGAGGAUAGGAUGUAGACAGCUGGGGCACUAGCAGAUCCCUGGGAUGGUACAGAUGGCCUGCAGAAGUCACUUCAGAAGGCUGCGUGGACUGCUUCGUCUCUCGCAGGAUCCUCCAGAACGAACAUGCAGCAGCUCCUCAAGCGCUGGUCCCGGCGCAGCCCAGGGCGUCAGUGUCCGGCAGCAGGGCUUCAGCCACGGGCGGAAGACCAUGCACCGAGGCUUGGCUGCAGAGUUCCCCACGUCGGCGAAGCACCACACGAACAGGGCUCAGCUACUCCCGUUCGCUGGAGCUACACGUGUGAGCUGGCCGGGUGCUUUCCGGAAUGCUCGGUGUGCCCUGCGAGGUGGAGCUGAGCCCCGUGUCCGCACUCGAGCGGCGCUGCCCCCGCCAGGCCGUCCCGCGGAGCCCCGGGCGCUGCCGGGCCCCGCGUUACAUAAGCGGCGGAGCGCGGCCGAUGCCGCCGGAGCCCUCCAGGGGGAGAGCCCGCUCCUAGGAACGGGAGGGAGGGAGGGGAGGCGGCUCCUCCGAGCGGGCGGAGCGCGGACGGGCCGGACAGCGGCGCCGGGCACGGCGGCGGCGGGAGCGCGCCGGGCGCUCUCUACCCUGGGGCGCGGGCGCUGCCAAUGCACAGUUUUUUGCGGGUGCGAUCGAAUUUUCAUUUCCAAAGUUGUUUCUUCACAGUUAAACAGGCCCUGUUCUAGCAUAGCAGACUUCAGAGUCCUGGCGGUAUUCUGCUGCCCUUGCACAGCGCAGACCGCGAGCCGCGCUCCUGCCGCAGCCCCGCGGCCGACCGGGCUGAGCGCUCCGCUCCAGCUCCCCCUGGGACCCGGCAGUGCUGCCCACGGCAAGGGCCGGCGGUGCCGCCUCUCCUCUGCAUCCACGCGCAUCCAUGAGGGGAAAGCAGCAGAUACACCCGGGCCUUCAUCCGAGCUGGUCUUCCCUGCCUUCUCCAUCCUCCAAGGGACGCCUGUAUACCAUUCCCUGAUCCCACCCAAGGAGUGACCCCAAAAUUUCCUUCAUCCUCUAUGUGUGGUGUCAUCUGCCCUUCAUUUCUAGCUGUAAAGGAAGCUUUAUUAGUAGCUGUUGCUACUGAAGGUGAGAAAUGUGUCAAAGCUUUUCUCAAAAACAAUGAGGUGACCUUCACUAGGUCCAGUGAUGCAGUCAUUAGUGUUGUCAUUAGAAAAUAUCUGUACAGUUUGUUUCUCCAAGCUGUGAUGAGGAGCCUGGAUAGUAUUAAUUGUGUUUCCAUUUUAGACUGCUAGCUGAGCCCCUGAGAAUUACCACGGUGUCUGGAAAGACAGAUACCUUGCCGUCGCUGCAAGGCAUUCUGAACUCAAUGGAGCUAUUUCUCCAGGAAAUUUAUACCCAUCUGCUCAGUUCAGCAGGAGGUCUUAGACAAGAAGAGACUAUUUGUUUCAUGAGUCUACUAUUUUUCUUUCCAGAUAUGUAACAAAAAUAUUAUAUAUCUAAGCAUAUUUUACUGCAGUGUGGUGUACUUUUUGACAAUGAGAAUAGGGAAUUAAAGUCAAUGGCUAGUGAAACUGGUUUUGUCAAAAUUACAUAUAAUGAAAUAUAAACACUUUCAAUAUUCCACAUGAUUUAAUAUUGUGCAGAUGCUGUCAAAAGAACAUGAAUUUCUGAAGACCCCUAACAACCUCUCUCAUACCCAACUUCAAGCACUUUCUAAACCCAAGAUUAGUAAAGAAUGUUUCUAUUGAAAGGAACUAAAGAAAUUCCCUCUAAUGUUUCUGUAUUAUUAUUCUGUGUAUCUAAAGCACUUUCUGCAAGUGUUUUAGUUUGAUAUCAGAAUUUUGAUUUGUGCCAGUGAGGUUAAGCCAAAAAUGAAAGUUCAGAGGUUUGUUUUUGGCUUUUGUUUUCAUUGUUUGUUUGUUUGUUUCCCCGACCUAAUGCAAAUACAACCAUGAAGAAAGUCUUCAGUGAGCAGUAAGAAAUGUUUAUUUCUACUAACCUAGGGUGUUAACAGUAACACCGAAAGAAAAAAUGUGUUUGUCUUCUAAAGAUACAAUGUUUAGUUAGACAUUGCUCUUUUACUUUUCUUCUAAUUGCUACAAGAAUACAAGCUGUCCUGCUUCUGGUCAGGUUCUUCCAUGAUGUUCCACACUUUGAUGCCUGACCUCCCAUCUUUACAAAUUUAACAACCCUGUUACUUUGUAUAGAGUUCCUUUCAUAGGGCGUCAUUAGCAAAUUUGCAAGAGUUGUUUGAAGAUCAGUAGAAAGAAGUCUGUGCACCACAAUCACCAAGUACAAUAUUGACCCAGUGUGGUUCAUCCUCACCUCUAGACUGAACUGUUUCCUUGAGCCUUUUCCUCCUUGUCUGCCAAGGAAUUUCUCCCUUUUAAAAGGAAGUAACUAAAAUAGUGCUGUUCAAGAUGAGACUCAGGCCAAAUGCAUCCUCAGAUGAAGUGGGAGCUAAAUGCAGUAGGAGUUUGAAUGAUGAUGCAAGGCCAUCUUCACAGGGGAGUGACAUUAAAUAAAUCUGUGCUUACUGGCAUUCUUGGCAAGAGGCUGUAUUUUUGAGCCAGUUAGCUAUGGAUGGAGAGACAACGAAUGAACCCACCUGGCUUCACGGUAUUUACUGCAAGGAUGCUUAAAAAUAAUGGGGGACUCUGGUAAUGAAAAAAUGCAUGUGAAUUAAAUCAUUCACUCUUUGCCAGGGUAGUGACUAUUGUGUUUUAAAGCAAAGCAGUGUUUUCUGUAUUUUCAGGAAGUCUUUCCUAACACUUGAAGAAUAGAAGAAAAGCAAACAGAAAUGUCUUGUUGCAACUCCCCAAAAUAUUUAACUAACUGCACAAGAUAUGAUACUAACCUUGCAUUUACUUUAGUAUUGGUGUUUGUCUUUAGAUUUUGAUGGUGCACUUCACUAGAGAGAUUCUGUCUUAAGAUAAAACAUGGCCUUUUCCCAUGCAGUUUAUAAUCUAAUGAUGGAAACACAGGGUUCUGGCAGUACAGAAUAUAGGCAUGAUAUAAUAGGCUUGAAUAUUAAGAAAUGCAUACAGCAGUAGAGGGGAUGCUCCUUUAAAAAUCUUGUGCAUGUGUGUGUAAUUUAUUAUGACUUGAGAAUGUCUGAAAAAGAGCAAGAGAGCUUGAGUUCAGAAAGGAUGGAGUAGCGUUGAUUCAGAAACUAUGCAUGUUAUGUAUAGGCAAAAAAAGUCCCUCCUGACCUCACUUAAUGGACCCUUCAGAUUAUUGCAGUAUUUCUGGCUUUCAAGUGACAAAAAAUUAGCAUGCAAGUAGAAUUAUUCUUAGGGACAAGUUGAAGUUUAAAUAAAAUUUAGAACUGCUGCUUUAAAGUAUUAGGAAAAAAAGAACAGAUAAUUCAGCUCUCUUGCCUGCUUUUUUUGUACUGGUUCUCUAAAUCUAUCCAGUUCCAGCUUACCUUAAUAUGAACAUAAACUAAUUCAGAGACUGUAAAUGGAGAACCUUUAUUAUAAAAUAAAACUGAGAUCAACUGUGUCAACUUCUGUUUGAAGCAGAGAGGCUGCUCUGCUGACAACAGAGCUGUCAGAAGACUACCUAAUGCUCCUUGUAUCUGACUGUCAAUCUGCAUAUGUCUGAUUAGCUCUCAGACAGACCCAGUACAUAAGUAAAGCAUAUUUGUUCCUUCUGAAGAUAAACAGUGUUGAGGCUACUCACCAAGUUACCGACUAUUUUUGGACAAGAAUGGUGUUUCUUGCAUUCCCUGCUGUGUUUGUGAGACUUGUUAAUAACCAUGGUGCCUGCACAUGUAAAUAGGCACAAAUUGCAGUAUGUUUAUUCCCUCCUGACAAGAGGUAAUGAACACAUCUGCUCAUUCCUGCCACAGAAAGAACCUUAAUCCAUACUAAAAACUAUUUCUAAUAUAAAUUAGUACAGAGCAAAACCACAAGGAUGAGUAUUUCUCACUGCAUGUAACAGCUAUAUAGAGAUAUGUCUCUACCAAUACACUAAUAUUUUGUUUGAUUGAAAAAAACACAUAAUUGAAAACUCAUACAACUGACCUAUGCAAUUAUAUAAGUAUGACCACAUCCUUCUGAAGAGUCCUCAAGGCAAGAAGACUAAGGGGUUUGUUUAAGUAUUUGAUUUGCAAAUGAACAAUAGUAUUUGCAUCCAGCUAUCAGCCUGGGUGUUAUUUGUAGUAUAACUUCUUCACUACUUUUUGAUAAUUAUUCAGUUAAAUGGUAAAUGUUUUUGUGAGUUAGAAAAGAAUUUUGCUUUCUGGUACAGAGGACCUUUAGUAACAAACCCUUCAGCCAGCAGGCUGCUAAGAAGAAUUUGAGAAAUCUCUCCCUGCUUCUCUUAUGUGUUGAACAUACAGGAGUUUUUCUAUUAUUAUUAUAUUUUCCCUCAAAUUUAAUGAGUUUCCUGUGCUCUGAAGAUCCAUUGUCCUGUGAAGCUGAUAGAAAUGCUGGUAUAUUUUGGUCCUCUUUCAAUGAAUAAUAACGUUAUUCAGUGUUGAACUUUACAAAUGGCAGUCACAGUGCACAUGCAGCAGAUCUCCAGGGCAAUCAGAUGUGUGUGUGUGCCAGCAGACUGUUCACGUCACCUUGCAAAAAAGGGCUGUUUGAGUCUACUAGAUUUUUUUUAACUUCUAGUCUGGAUUUAUUGGGAAAAAUAAAAAGCUUGUUCGGAUGUUAUAAUUAGCCUGCUUAAUAACUGCAGACUCCUUACCAGCAGGACAGCUGUAACAAAACGUGAAAAUGCCAUCAUGACUGUUAUAAAAUCAUUUCGUUGCCCCUUGAAGACAUUUCUGUUCAGUGCUGUCUGAGCAGUGUGUCUGCUGCCUUCUCUGUGUAGUUAGAGGGUACAAGCUCCUGGAGUUCAGGAGCUUGACAUCUUCAGUGUCCAGCACCAUGGACUGCUUUUUCUUUUAGCCAAACUGACCCUCUCAACUUUGCUCCAGCUGUAACUUACGGCUACAUUAUGGAAGUUUGAGCUCAAUGUGCAGACUCUGAGCCCGAGGUGGUCCUUCUGGACUCAUGCUUCCCACUUGCUGAAGUGGUUUACUUGUUCUGGAUUUGAGCCAUGGAGAAACCCAAAAUGUGGACCUUGUGGAUGAUGGAGUUAAUGUUUGAUAGAAGGCUUGAGUUCUGAGCAAUCACUGCAACAGAGAAGUAACUGGAGACAGUUUGGUAGCUGGGACAUUCUGAAACACCACUGUUGCUUGUGUAGCUUAAGAAUGUUGCUCAGCUAAUUCAGUGAAUCAUAGAAUCAUAGAAUGGCUUGGGUUGGAGGGGACAUUAAAGAUCAUCUAAUUCCAACUCUCCUGUCAUGGGCAGAGAUACCUUUCACUCGACCAGGUUGCUCUCAGCCCCAUCAAACCUCUCCCUAAACACUUCCAUAUGUGGGGCACCCACAGCUUCUUUGUGGGUCUCUGGACAGUCUUUGUCAGCAUCUUGCCAUUCUCACAGGAAAACAUUUCUUCCUAAUAUUUACUCUAAACAAAACCCUCUUUUAUCUUAACAACAAGACUUAAUGUCUUGUCCUGUAAAAAGUCCCUCUUCAGCCUUCUUGUAAGACCAUUUAUGUACUGAAAGGUACAAUAAGGUGUCCCUAGGCUGAACAACCCCAACUCUCUCAGCUUGUGAAGCUUUUCAAAUUAUUACCUGUGAGAUUAUUAUCAUUACAGUGCUAACACAAAUAGCCUACAUUCCAAGUUCUGAGCAGCAGAGAAGAAAUCUCAGCAUGGGGCCGUGUCUGGACCUGAUAGAAACUGUGGAGAUAAACCCUUGACAUUAGAAUCAGGGGUUUUUAAUGUCUAGUUUUCAAUGUGAUUGUCAUCUCUCUGCCCCAUUCUGCAUAGCUUGCUUGGCAUAACUCUCUGUAUGCUCAAUUCCCCUCCAGGCACUUGAUGAAAAAGCAGACAGCUGAACAUUACAGGUAAUGUAAUAAUAUGUAAUAUUACAGGUCCAUUAUGGGUAAUGUAAUAACACAACCCUCAUAAACUGGCGGUGUUACAGUGCACAGCCUCAUAAAGCAUGGACAGGCUGUGUUCCAGCUGUGCUUCAGGGGAGGGGGAUGCUUGCUGUGCAGCUGUGAAGGGGAAUUAGUAACUGCAUUCGACCACAGUAGCAUCAAUCAUGAAGAAUCAAUUCUUGCUCCUCCCCUCAGAGCUGCAAAGUGCCAGGGGCCAGCUGCCCUCAGAGAGAGUUGAUAAACACAUCUAAGGAAAUGUCAGACUGGUUCAGGCAAGCCUAAUACUCCUAAACCACUACUGACAGAAGCCUGUAUCUCAUCCAGCCCUCAGUGGUGCUGCUGUAACAGCUAAAAACCUCUGAUCCAGCAUGUCUUUUAUCCAUUCUUCCAUUCUGCCCUGGGCUUUCCACACAUCCUUGCUCUCUUGGCUUCUUGCUGCUUUGACCCUUCAUUUGCAUUUAUCUCUUACUGUUCUAAUCUGCUAUUUAAAAGCCAGUCUUUAAUUUGUACCUCUUGUUUGCUUUAUCCCACCACAAAAGCCAUUAGAUAUGCUUUUUCAACACACUCUCACAGACAAGUAUGAUUUUUUUAAGGGUCCCCCAAAAGUAGAUAGAUUUUCCUGUGAUGAUUUUUCAGUUUCCUUUUUCCUUCAAGACAUUUAUAUUCAACUAUUUCAGCAUUUUCAAUGCCAUUUAAUAUUCAGUUUGGCUUUUGUGCUUCCUCAGGGUUCCAAUUUCCUUUUGGCUAAGAAAAAGAAACUAGGUGAAGAUGUAAUGCAGCUGGACAAUUAGCCACUAAAAAUAGUUUGCUAAAGGUCUGGGCAAUACACAGAAAACUAUAAAUAUCAGAUUUGCAGAUGAUGUGGAUUCAGGCUGAGUGGUGUGCUUAAUCCUCAGUGCUCUGCUGAACGAUUCACUAAGGCUGCAGUUUAAUAAACAUUUCUAAAGCAGAUAUAGUCUCCUGCUAUCUGUAAUCCCCAAACUUUCAGUUGCCCACCACAGCCUACAGAAUUUAAAUUAGAAAUAAAAUUGUAAAACAAGAUUAUUUUCUCAAUUGUUUUGUCUCAUAAAAAUUAUGUAAUAUUUUCUUAACUCAAAACUCUGUCAGCAUCAGUUAUGUAAUAGUAGUUGAAUUAGAGUUUAGUAAAAUUAAAGCCCAGUGGAACUUAGUAACUAGGAUUAGAGAUCUGUUUUGUUUGGCCGUGCCUCUUGGUUCAUUUCACUCAAAGGAAGGCCAUGACAAUUCACGUAGACUUUGUGCUCUGUGGCAGCAUGCUCAAUCAGCAUUUUACUCACACAGGACAUCAUCCUGAGGAAAGGCUGCCUAGAUGCUAAGUAAGGGCUUCAGCAUUUAGCUCACAGCGGUGACAAGUCCAUCAGUGCAUAUGUAAAUAGUGUAAGGAUAGAACUGCACUGACACACAUGUCAGUGAAGUGCAAGGCUAAGAGCAGGAACAAGACUAAGAGCAGGAAGUACACUGCAGUUCUACUGUAGUUCUACACAAGCUUGAUCUUUAAGGGUAAGUUAAGAGUUAACUGCUUUUUAGCUUGUGACAUCAGAGUGGAAGGUGAAAAAUUUCAGUACUACAGAGUCUUCAUCUUUAGCUAUCACAUGCCCUGAAUUUCUGAUAUGUGGUUUUGUCAAAGCUGCAGAUGACUUCUAAAAUUAUUGUAUUUCUAAAGAUCUCAAAUAAAAAUAAUUUAAUUAGUGAAA